AUGUAUACAUAUUUGGUCUUUAUAGCUUUCGUAUUCGGCGAGUACACCAAACCGUAUCUAGGACCGUACACAGGUGAAUAUCUGGGUUCUUACUCGACUUCGCCAAAAACAUUGACUGAAACUCCAGAAGUUUUUACCUCAACAGCAUCGACUACAGAAGAAUUAGAAAUAGAUGCAGAAAAUUACGAUGCGCGUCAUGAAAAGGAAAGCCCAGAUAUCAUCAGAGUUGACACUAAAAGACUAACGACUACUGCUACAAUCGCCGGAUGUUAG